AUCCCCUCUGCUCAGGGAUUACUCUCUGCAGCUCCUUUCUGGUACUGAGCUGCCCAUCGCGAGCCUUGACAGCUCCGCCUCUCUCUUUCACGGCGGUCCUUGCUAUGCAGCGCCUCUGCAGCAGCUAAAGUUGGUGCCCGACUGAACACCAAAAAGGUCCUUUACUAUGACAUCUAAUGGAUGCCCAACACCCUCAAGGGUUGGGCUCAUGAAUUGUAUAUCGAAGCUAACUGUGCCCAGAAGCCCUAUUCUUGCUUGCCUUUCUCUUGUGCCCAGUAGAGCUGCCUUAUUGCCCAUUAGGAGCUCAUGGAGACCUCAUCAGCCUUCCAGGUCUGAGUUGUUCGAUGGAUUCUCGCACCCCAUCUUCUCCGCUUCUUCGACCCCACUUCUUAAAGGGGAAUACGCUGGACUCUCAGGCCUACUUCCGCUGAUUCCCAGGAGGCAGAAAGCACGCAUUUCCCCUCGAGCAUCGAAGGAUGUCCCAUACAGUUACCGGUAUCCUCCAAUGACCAAAAAGCCUCGAUGGUGGUGGAGGAUGCUGGCCUGCCUCCCUUACUUGAUGCCUCUCCACGAGACCUGGAUGUACGCUGAGACCGCCUACCACCUCCACCCAUUCCUGGAAGACUUUGAGUUCCUGACCUACCCGUUCCUCGGGGCCAUUGGCAGGCUUCCUAGUUGGUUUCUUAUGGCCUACUUCUUCAUAGCAUACUUGGGGGUUGUCCGGAGAAAGGAGUGGCCCCACUUCUUCCGAUUUCAUGUAGUGAUGGGCAUGCUUUUGGAAAUUGCUCUACAAGUGAUUGGUACUGUGAGUCGAUGGAUGCCCCUUGGAGUCUACUGGGGCAAGCUGGGGAUGCACUUCUGGACCGCUGUGGCCUUCGCUUACCUCUUCACUGUUUUAGAGUGCAUCAGGUGUGCCCUUGCAGGAAUGUAUGCGGAUGUUCCUUUCGCCUGUGAUGCGGCCUAUAUACAAAUCCCAUACGACUAAAGAGGUUAUUGUGUUUUUACUUUCACUUAAAUCUUUGUCAGAGAGGAAAUGUGGGAUUUUGGGCUCUAGUUAAUUUCUCAUGGACUUAUGUCAAUGAAUGUGAGACUGAUUUCCACCUUGAUGAGAAAUUUUUCGUGUCAUUGAGACUGGUUUUGGCUUCGGAA